GUUUGAGUGCAUAUGAGGAAGUGUCAGUCUGUCUGCAGCGUGUUUCUGCAAUGGGGUUUCUGUGAUUGAGGUUGAAUCCUUUGUGUUGUGAUGUCGCAGCUUUAUAUUGAUAAACUGAAGCGUCUUUAUGAGCGCUAUCAGGAGUAUGUGAGAAAGAACCCCGCGACCACGGCUCAUCUCGAGAGCACAGCGCGCACGCUGAGUUACCUGAUCGCAGGUCGCUUCUCAGACUCUCAUGAACUCUCAGAGUUGGUGUAUUCAGCAUCCAACCUGUUAGUGCUGCUGAACGAUGGCAUCUUACGGAAGAGUCUCUCUCGGACGUUGCCUGUGUCUCUCUCUCAACAGAGGCUGUUAACCUGGUUGUCGGUUCUGGAGUAUGUGGAGGUUUUCACAGAGAUGGGGGCAAACAAGCUGUGGGGGGAGGCUGGACGCUGGCUCGUCAUUGUUCUUAUUCAGACUGCCAAAGCGAUCCUGCGCUGUCUCCUGCUUUUCUGGUACAAAUCAGGCAUUCAGACAUCACCGCCUAUAAUUCCUCUGGACAGGAAUUCACAGCUCUGUAGUGGAGAGAAGAACACAGAAGAGGAGGAGGAGGAGGAGGACACUACUUUUGUAGGGCAGCGUUCAGGCAGAGUUGUACGACCAUUGGGAAGUGCGCCAAAAUUACAGUCUCGUCUUUGGGGUCUCCCUCGGGAAAAUAAAAUAAACAGGAAUCAGGAAGAGGGGCUCCACUCAAGCCCCACCCCUCUGGGUCUGCAAGGAACUAUCGCAGAGUCCCUGUACAUCGCACGGCCUCUGGUUCAUUUGGCCAGUCUCGGGCUUUGCGGAAAACGUUCCUGGAAACCGUGGAUCAUCUCUGGCCUCUUAGAGAUAACCAGUUUCAGUUUGUUGAGUGACAUGAAGACACUGAACCGCAGAGAGCGGGCGGAGAUGAGGAGACGUGCCUUCCUUCUCCUUUACUACCUGCUCCGUUCCCCCUUCUAUGACCGAUACUCUGAGACAAAGGUCCUCUUCCUUCUGCGCUUUUUGGCAGAUUAUGUUCCUGGAGUCGGUUUGGUUGCACGUCCACUGAUGGACUACUUGCCCAUUUGGCAGAAGAUCUACUUUUAUAACUGGGGCUGACAUCAAAGUAAAGCAUUCACAGGUCAACACAGCCAAACUGUUAAUAGGAGGAAACGAUUUGCUGGAUGCUACGACUACUUAAGGACUAAAAUCACACAUGUGCCAGAACAUUACCACCUUAAUCAAGGAUUUUUACAAUUAAAGCGUUUCUUUUAGUUUUCAUAUCAUUUUAUGCAUUAUUAGCCUUCUGACACAUUGUUUGCACUGAUAAACUUCUGUUAGCCACACUUUUGUCCAUUCGUAUAUCCCUCAUUCAACAUGAAUGCCUUCCUUCCCAUUUAGAUGAUGAUAUCCAGGGAAUGGCAUUACUGUACAGAAUAACUGACUGGCUGAGAUGAAGUCAGUUAUACAGCUGUUUCUUUGUUUUAUUUUUGUUUUCAUUCAGUUUUGUCACAUUAAAUCUUUUAAAAAUAGCUGCAUUUACUAAUUAAAAUGUAAUUAUUUACAAAGUCAAAAUGUUCCCCCAUGUUUUACAGGACUUAUAUGACUUAUGUCUAUACCAGCAUUAGGAGCAUUAAAGGAGUUGUUCACCCAAAAAUAAAAAUGUCAUUAUUUACUCUCAUUCCAAACAUGUAUGCUUUUUUUUUUUUUUUUUUUUCAGUGGAACACAAAAUAUUUUUUUUGAAGAUUUGUUAUGCAGUUCUUGACAUACAUUUACAUUUAUGCAUUUGGCAGACGCUUUUAUCCAAAGUGACUUGCAGUUCAUUUCAAGGUUUACAUUUGAUCAGUUUGUAUGUUUUAUACAAGGACAAAAAGUCAAGUCAAGCUCUUUAUUGUCAUUGUACAGGUACAACAAAAUUAUUUAAUUUAAGGAGAAAAACACAAAGGCACCAUAAAUGUCUAGCACUAGUCAUGUGGAGUAGCUUUGUAGUGCUUGUAAAUAAUGACAGAAUUUUCGCAUGGGGUGAACUAGUCCUUUAAUAAUGAGGUGUUCUUUCACUGUGUGAAACAGACUCAUUAAAGUCUCUGUUUAAAAAUCCAUUAUUUUGAGACCUGAAGCAAAGAAGAAGCAUAACUGUUUUGAAAUUCUGAAAGUAUGAAAUGGUUAAUUGGUUUUGUAUAUACCUCUAUGCCUUUAAUAAAUCUUUAAAUAAGA